AUGUACAUGCCGUACGACGAUGUGAACAUCACGGUGCCUGCAAUCGACCAGAACGUGACCAAGUACGAGUACGCUGGCGACAACGCAUUGGUGGCCAUCCCAGCCGCCUGCUACCAGAAAGAGGAAGCGUUCUUCGGCUCGGCGUCCAACUUCGCGGACCGGGCACCAGACGGACCAAAUGGCAUGUUCUACUUUCGCAUGAGCGACCCAGACACGGAAUACGCGAAACUGGCGAACAUGACGGAUUGUUCGAGCGGGCUGGUUGUGUUGCUGCACGGCACGUCUGGGGUUCGUUGGAACCCAGUAUCCUAUGCCGCCACGCUUUCUGGGCUCGGGUGGGUGGUGGUGCUCCCCGACAGCCAGUCGCAGCCGGCUGAGAUGGGGUACAAGGGUGCCAUCAGUUUGAAGAACACGUCGGAGAUCGACACCUCGAACUAUUGCGGUGCCAUGGACGCGUACAACGAGACUGCGAAAACUUGGUCGAAGCCGUUCAUGUAUUCCACCAAAGUGGAGAACGUCCUCAACAACGGCGCUAACUACGCCGAGUACAUGGAACGCAACUACCGCAUCCGAGCGCUGGAGAUGGACGCCUUCGUAUCCAAGCGCGAGAGCCUGCUGUCUGCAUUCUUCACCGCCUCUAGGGUCUUCCUGCUGGGCCGCAGCGAGGGCGGCGCGGUGGCCGGGCGCUACUACAACGAGGCCUUGCACAGCAAGCUGAGCGGCAUCAUCCUCUCGGGGUGGAGCUGCGAGUUCAAUUACUUUGUGAGCUGCGCAGAGAACGCGCUCAUCUGCGAGGACAAGUGCUCCAAGGAUAUCCCGGUGCUGAAUGUGGUAGGGGAGAGCGACUCCUACUUCGCUUCGAACAGCUCCGUGUCCGCGGACGUGGCGAAAAGCGAAAACGGCUACGGCGGCCCCAUCACUGGCAAUUGCAAGGCGACCAUGGACGCUCAGGGGUUCAAUGGCCCCGUGGUGGUCAUGGAGGGCGGGGGGCACGGGUUCCUCUACACCCACGACAACGCGUGGCGCUCCGUGCUGGGCGACUUCUUGGCCUGCCCCACUGCCACGUCCCUGCCUUCCUUGCAGAGGCCUGGGUGCCAGGAGCAGAGCGGUGUCUACACCUGCGAUGCCCUCAGCGAGUCGCCCCCGUGCGUCGACUGGGCCGUGAACGUGUCCGUGCCCCUCGCCGCCAGCACCCUGGGCAGCUGCGCCGUGGGCACCACGUCCACGGCCGACCUGCAUGACUGA